AUGUCUGCGGGGGACUUUGAUUUCGGACACCUUUAUCACCUCAUCUCCACCACCAUCGGCCCCUUGUCUGUGAGCUUUGGUAACACCAUGAAAUUCAAGAUGCAGCUUGUGGGCCAGCAGUCUUCGGAUGGUAAGUGGGUUUUCUUGAAGCACUUCGUCUUUGAAGACAAGAUACCCGCUCGGCUUCUCAAGACAUCUCUCACAGGGGACCUCCACCUCAUCAACUACGGCACGAACUUCCGCAACGGUCUCAAGGGCUUCCAGUAUCUUUUGGAACAUACUGGCCAAUGGAGCGUUAUGUGGUUCCAGACUCAGAUGAAGGAGUCCAAAGCCAAGACGAAAGAAACAUCGGAUCUGCAGAAAGGCUUCGACUUCAUCCGCUCUAGCGGCCCUCGGUCAAACAUGCACAACCGGCAGACCGAGUGGACCGAAGUUGAGAUUCACAAAGAAGGCUGGUUCCUUCACGAUGUUCUUGUUCCUCUCCUGCCCACCAUGAAAUCCAAGACCUUGGUCAUGAUGGGCCUCGCUGAGAAGGGCAAAACCCCCGCAGCCCAAGCUCUCGCACUCGGCAUCUCCGAAUACUGGAUUUUAGUCGACGACAUGGCUUGGGAUGUCAAGCCUUCCUUUCGUCUUUGCUCCAGCUUGGAUCAGCUGCGUGGGGAACCUGGAAAGAAACAUGUUCCAGACAUCCUGGACGACCCCGACAUGAACGUGGUUCCCAUGCCCAAGCUCAAGGCCUUUCUCGAUGCUUCCUUGGAGGAGUCCUUCACUGUUGAACGUUGGACCACUUCCAAGUUCGUCCGCAACCAACUUCGCAUCCUCUGCGACAACAAGAUAGAUGAGGAC